AUGGUUGAGGCCAGCCAUUCCCUCAAUCAUGACAUGGCCAUGGACUCGGUGGUGCCCAAGUCGGAAUCAUUGCGAGAUGUCUCCAUCAGUUCAUCCGUGUCGACCCCAGAAGCCGAUGCGGAGGCUGUAAACCGGGAUAUGGCCCAGACUCACAAGAGGAAAGGAGGAAGAAAACCUAUCUAUGCCACGUCCGAGGAACGAAAACAGCGGAACAGACAGGCACAGGCUGCCUUCCGUGAACGGCGAACAGAAUACAUACGCCAUCUUGAAGCUACCAUCAAGCGCAAUGAAGAGAGUCUGCAGUCUCUACAGCAGAGUCACCGUACUGCCGCCGAUGAAUGUCUGAUGUUACGAUACAAGAAUUCAUUGCUCGAACGGAUCCUCCUCGAGAAAGGCAUCGAUGUGCAGGCUGAGCUGCGACUGAAGACGGGCAGUCCUGGUGGGGAGCAGGCGAAGUCACACUUUGUGCCCCCCAAAGCACCCUCUGCUUUUGAUUCGAGCCGCAAUCCAUCCCAGAGACUUCCGGCAAACAUUGCCGCCAAACCAGAACAAUUUGGCAUGUCCCAGCAACGAGAAGCUCCCUAUGGCAUCCCAUCGCCCCAGUUCCAGGCGACUCCCUCUUCACAUGCUUCCUCCCCAUCGCAUAUUAAAUCGCCAAGGUUUCCAUUCCAGGGAGUGAUGUCGCCUGUCGGUAUGGAGCCGCGUUCUCAGAUCCUCCCGCAGCCUAGAAACUUUGCCCAAACAUCGCCUCAAAUGAGAAUGCAUCAUCCUGACACCCCAGACUCCAAGUCCAUGCUUCCUGCUGGCUCUGCUUCCAUGGUUCCCCGUGCACCGACGGCUUAUUAUCCGUCGCCGUUCCAGAAACAUUAUGAUCAGCUGGAACAGGAAUAUGAUGCGCAAGCGGACAUGGUUGACGAGCCUGAAAAUGAUGAUCCAUCUUCCUACACACCUGGAUUCAAUGGCCCUCAAGGCUCUCAGUCAAUGCCCCACGGCCUUCCAAACUUCGCUGCACACCCUGCUGGUGCCGCUAACGGGAUAUACGGGAAUUCGAACGGUCUUAUGGGCCAAUAUGAACCAAUGUUAGACGCGGAUCCAUUUGGGCUAAGUGCGAGCAUGCACUUUCAGACCCCCUUCAGCUAUGAGCAGAGCAAUGCACGGCAUUGA